AUGCCCUUCACCCACCACAGCCACUCGGGCCAAUUCUGCCCAGGCCACGCAAAAGACUCCAUGGAUGAAGUGAUCCAGACAGCCAUCAGCAAAAAAAUGGAAGUCUUCUGCCUAACCGAGCACAUGCCCCGGCACAAAGAAGACUUCUACCCCGAAGAGGUAAUCCCAUCCCCAUAUAUCAACCACCAGAAAACAAAUCUAAAAAAAGUCCAGAUCGAAGCCGGCCAAACAGAAGAAUGGCACUCCAGCAACGAAGAAUCAUACUGGCUCGAAGCAAACCGCCUCCGAAACAAAUACGCCACCCAAAUCCAAAUUAUCAUCGGCUUCGAAAGCGACUGGAUCCGGCCCGCUUCCAGAACGCUAAUCGAAGCCUCUCUCAGUCGCUUCCCGUUCGAAUUCUUCGUGGGUUCCGUCCACCAUACUCUAACUAUCCCUAUCGACUACGACAGAGCUAUGUACGAGCAGGCGCGCGAUGCCGCCGGUGGAACCGACGAGCUUCUUUUCGAGGUCUAUUUCGACGAGCAGCUGGAUAUGCUCCGGCAAUUGAGGCCGUUGGUCGUGGGUCAUUUCGAUCUUAUUCGGUUGAAGAGUGAUGACCCCGAGCGCAGCUUUAAGUCUUGGCCUGGUGUUUGGAGUCGUGUACUGAGAAAUUUGGAUUUUGUUGCUGAGUAUGGGGGUUUGCUGGAAAUUAAUGGGGCGGCGUUGAGGAAGGGGAUGAGUGAGCCUUAUCCUAAGGCGGAGAUUUGUCAGGAAUUCAUCGCGCGGGGCGGCCGGUUCUGUCUUUCGGAUGAUAGUCAUGGCGUGGAUCAGGUUAGUUUGAAUUUCCAUCGCGUGCUGGAGUUCUUGGGUCGGGCUGGGAUCUCGACGGUGCAUUAUUUGCAGCUGGCAGAGGAGGAGCUGGCUUCGGCGCCUGAUUCGAGAUUCCCUCGUACGCAGAUUGCGGCUGUUUCGGUGGAGGAGGUGAAGAAGAUGGAGUUUUGGAAGGUGGCAUCCAAUUGA